UGCCCCAUCUGCCGCCGAAAGUGCUCCCGGUGGUUGGGGACCACUGUUCUAUAGGAUUUACAUCUGGAGUCAUGUUGGCCACUUCACAACCUUGUCUUAACAUUUUUACAUGAACAGUUUGUUGGAUUACUCACUUUGAAAUCAUAAGUCAAGCAGAUAUUUAAGUAAUUAUCUUUAUUUGAACAAUAAUAUUGUUUUGAAAUGUAUGAUGAUAUAAUACUAUGUUUUAUUAUUAGAGAGGAUUACAGUGUAAAUAUAUGUCAUUGUGCACAGUACAUUUGUUUUUGUAAUACAUUUAUUUUUAAAAAAAAGGUACUUUAUUUCCACAUAUUUCCACACUCGGGCCUUGAGUUUGACACCAGUGACUUAGUGGAAUGAUGAUGUUGUCUUGGGAAGAAGGGGCGUGUGUUGGUGUUCUACCUUCAAAGUGGAGCAGAAGGUGUCGGAUGAGGGCUUUCCUAGAAGGGGACCGUCCUAACCUGUUCUUCAAGUCAUUGUUGACGUCAAAGCUUGUUGCAGUGUCCUCGCAGGAGAAGCACAUUCUCCGCUAGAACCUUCCGCCAUGGCGUCGCGCCCACGUGCGUCCUCCCAACCCGGGAAACUCUCCUUCCUGCAGACUUCCAAAGCCACCUCGUCUCUUCGCCCGAGGGCCGUGUCCUCGCGCUCGGGCUCCGUGCUGGAAGACGAGCUGUCGUGCCCCGUCUGCUGCGAGAUCUUCCGGGAGCCCGUGGUGCUGAAGUGCAGCCACAGCUUCUGCAGGGCGUGCCUGCAGCAGUUCUGGAACAAGAAGAAGGCCCAGCGCGAGUGCCCCAUCUGCCGCCGGAAGUGCUCCCUGACCGAGCCCACCGUCAGCCUGGCGCUGAAGAACGUGGCGGACACCUUCCUGAGGGAGCAGCAGAGGCAGGAGGGCGGCCUCGCCCUCGGGACGACGGAGGCAAAGGCGGAGGAGGUGAGGUGCGGCGUCCACGGCGAGGUCCUCAAGCUCUUCUGUCUGGAUGAUCUGCAAGUUCUGUGCUGCGUCUGUCACACCUCCAAGAAGCACCAGGGCCAUGGAGUGUGUCCUUUGGAAGAAGGAGCGCACGACCUCAAGGAGGAGCUGAAGAAAGAACUGAUUCCCGUGAAGAAGAACCUGCGUCGCCUGUAUGAGGCCAAGCAGGAGUGUGAUGACACAACUGUGCACAUCAAGAACCAGGCGGAGGCCUCGGAGAAGCAGGUCAGGGAGGAGUUUGAGCAUCUGCGGGACUUCCUGCAAAAGGAGGAAGUGGCUCGGCUGGCCGCCCUGCAGCAGGAGGAGGAGGAGAAGCGGGAGCUGGUGAGGAAGAAGUCGGAGAGCAUCACCAGAGACAUCUUGACCUUCUCGCACGCCGUCAUCGCCGUGGAGAACGAGAUCGCAUCCGGCGACGCCCUCUUCCUGCAGAAUUACCCAAACACCAAGAAGAGGGCACAGCUGCCGCAGAAGGAGCCGGAGAAGGUGUCCGGCGCUCUUAUUGACGUGGCCAAACAUGUCAGCUCCCUCAAGUACCAUGUUUGGGAGAAGAUGGUGGAAAUGGUUCAGUACACGCCCAUCACCCUGGACCCCAACACGGCGUACUCCUGGUUGUCCAUCUCCAAGGACCUCACCAGCGUGGCCAACAGCGGCUCUCUGCAGCAGCUCCCGGCCAACCCCGAACGCUUCGGCCACUUCGUCUUCGCCCUGGGCUCCGAGGGCUUCUCCUCGGGCCGCCAUGCCUGGGAGGUGGAGGUGGGCGCCAAGGUGGACUGGAUGCUGGGCGUGGUCAGAGGGUCCGUGGACAGAAAAGGCCGCAUCUCCGGCUGCCCCGAGGGCGGCUUCUGGAUGAUAUCGCACUACGAGGGGGAAUACUCGGCCAUGACCAGACCCAGCACUCGCUUGCAGCUGGAGGGGGAGCUGACCAGAGUCCGGGUCCAGCUGGACUACGACGCCGGUGAGGUGACCUUCUCCAACCCUAUCAGCAUGAUGCCCAUCUACACCUUUAAGGACUUCUUUACCGACAUCAUGUACCCCUUCUUCUGCCCUGGAGCAAACAUCAACGGGAAUAACCCCGACCCCCUCAAGAUCUGCCCUGCUACAGUGGCCGUGUGGAACAGCGCCACCUGGUGACAUGUAAGCAACACCAAUCAAUCUUGCAGAAUCACAUUUGGCUUCAUGUUGGUGCAACAUGCUGUCUUGGUAGUCCAGGAAGGCACCGUUGUGCUUGUCUUUCAUGGUGGACAUGACCUUCAGCAUUACCUUCACGCUGAUUUUGGCAUCAAGUUCCCCCUAAGAAACAUUUUGAAAACAUCAACAUGUACUUCUGUGGCUACACAUGUAGCUUACCACCAUCAACAUGUACUUCUGUGGCUACACACGUAGCUUACCACCAUCAACAUGUACUUCUGUGGCUACACACGUAGCUUACCACCAUCAACAUGUACUUCUGUGGCUACACACGUAGCUUACCACCAUCAACAUGUACUCCUGUGGCUACACACGUAGCUUACCACCAUCAACAUGUACUCCUGUGGCUACACACGUAGCUUACCACCAUCAAAAUGUACUCCUGUGGCUACACACGUAGCUUACCACCAUCAACAUGUACUUCUGUGGCUACACACGUAGCUUACCACCAUCAACUUGUACUUCUGUGGCUACACACGUAGCUUACCACCAUCAACAUGUGCUUCUGUGGCUACUUACCACCAUCAACAUGUGCUUCUGUGGCUACACACGUAGCUUACCACCAGCAACAUGUGCUUCUGUGGCUACACACGUAGCUUACCACCAUCAACAUGUACUUCUGUGGCUACACACGUAGCUUACCACCAUCAACAUGUGCUUCUGUGGCUACACACGUAGCUUACCACCAUCAACAUGUACUUCUGUGGCUACACACGUAGCUUACCACCAUCAACAUGUACUUCUGUGGCUACACACGUAGCUUACCACCAUCAACAUGUACUUCUGUGGCUACACACGUAGCUUACCACCAUCAACAUGUACUUCUGUGGCUACACACGUAACUUACCACCAUCAACAUGUACUUCUGUGGCUACACACGUAGCUUACCACCAUCAACAUGUACUUCUGUGGCUAUACACGUAGCUUACCACCAUCAACAUGUGCUUCUGUGGCUACACACGUAGCUUACCACCAUCAACAUGUGCUUCUGUGGCUACACACGUAGCUUACCACCAUCAACAUGUGCUUCUGUGGCUACACACGUAGCUUACCACCAUCAACAUGUGCUUCUGUGGCUACACACGUAGCUUACCACCAUCAACAUGUGCUUCUGUGGCUACACACGUAGCUUACCACCAUCAACAUGUGCUUCUGUGGCUACACACGUAGCUUACCACCAUCAACAUGUACUUCUGUGGCUACACACGUAGCUUACCACCAUCAACAUGUACUUCUGUGGCUACACACGUAGCUUACCACCAUCAACAUGUACUUCUGUGGCUACACACGUAGCUUACCACCAUCAACAUGUACUUCUGUGGCUACACACGUAGCUUACCACCAUCAACAUGUGCAUGUGUGCAUUGCUCACCAUGUAAAUCUAAUCCAAUAUUGAUUAUUACUUGUGUUUAGACAAGAAGGACAUAAAUGAGAACACACCUGAGAUGUUCAAUGGAUCUCAACUGGACUGUUUGGUUGGUCUUAGGAGACGUUUGGUCUCUCCUCCAAGUAGGUUCAUGCUCAUAGACUUAGACUGGUCACAUCUAGUAUUAGACUAGUCACAUCUAGUCAUAGA